AUGGCGGAUGUGGAUGAGAUAUGGCGGGAGAUGCAGCGCGAGCAACCAAAGAUCAGCGAAAAGCGGGCCGCCGUCAAGGCCGUGCAAGAUUUGAGCCUCCUGCAGCGGGAGAAGCCCAAACAAAAGAAGACCGCAAGCAAGCGGCUGGAUUCAACUCUGAAUUUGCGGGAGUGGUCUACCAACCUCGUCGUGGGGCAGAAGCAGAACUGGGACUUUGGCGUAUCCGCCAUGGCGGAUAUCGUCGAGGACCUUGCCGUUGCUGCGCCGCCAACGACUAUGUUGGACGCGUGGGAGGAUGUGCCCACAGGUACGCCAGAGACUUUCCUGGCCUACCUCCAGCGAGACAUUAAUUGCCUGGCCGAGGAGGCGAUGAGCGUUCGCUUGCAAUCCCUUCAGAAGCUGGAGCGCAUCCUCGUUGCCCAGAUCGACAGCUUGGCCACAGACGUAGUAGACGCGGUCUUCGAUGCGAUGCUAAAGCCGUUGCUGAAGCGCUUGAAGGACAAGAGUGAAAAGUGCCGCGAGCUGGCCGUGAAGAUUCUCCGCAGUCUGGUGGAGAACACCUCGGACCUCGCGGCCGCGCUGCCAUACAUUUUUCCGACGUUGGUGUCCCGCCUAGGCUGCGAGGACUUGGAUGGUGUUGCGCACCUUCCAGAGAUCAUGCGUCCCGAUCCGGAGCAGAAGCCGACCGAGAUCGCACGGCCUGUGGAGGACAGUGAGGAGGUCCGGGUGGAGCUUGGUCACUUCAUCGCCUCGCUCCUGCAAAGGUGUAGCCCGAUCCAGAUCUACUCCUACAUUGACGAGGCAACUGGCCUCAUCCGUGCGCAAGCAAUGGAUCCUUUCCAUGGGGUGAAGGCCCUGGCCUGUGAGACCAUGGUCACCUUCUGUUACAACAACAGGGAGAUGUUGCUGCACUUUGCUUUGCCGCUGGCACGCUCGCUGACGUCCUGCCUCACCCACAACCAUGCCAAGCUGCGCAUCGCUGGCUUGCGUGCCAUAACCGCCUGCCUCUUUUGCGGAGUCUGGAAGCACAACUUCGAGAUCUUUGAGGUGCUCAUGGCCUGGCAGGACCCCAACAAGGUUCCAAUCAAGGCCUUCUACGAGGGCGUGACCAAUGUCAACUACAUGUCCACGCUGAGCUUCGAUCGCCACCCAGCCGUGCGCCGGUUUUGGUUCGAAACGCUCGCUUACUGGAUGCUGCGGUGUGUGGACAAGGUGGACCUCGAACCUUACAUUGCGCCCUACUUGCUGACGGGCCUGUGUGAUGAGAACGAGGAGAUCGCCUUAGAGGUCUUCUGGCUUAUCGAGCGCAUCGGUGAGGCUUACGAAGCAGAGCACGAAGAGGACUUGCGGAAGACGAAGCAAUACGGUUUCGACUUCUCGUGGACCUACGGCGGCCGCGCGUUUGUGCCUUUUCCGCUCCAGGGCGUUUGGGGUGGAGGCACGUUUGUGCCGCGGCACAUCAGGCGGGCUGGAGCGCAGGGUCCGGACUUCCUGGGCCAUCGCCCACUGCUUGCGCACCAGCACCGGGAGCACGGGAUCUUCAUGUCUUUCUGGGCGUUUGCAGGAUUCAGUGUUGAUCGUGUUGUGAAGGAUCGGCGUGCUUGUAGGCAAAUUCGUGGGGUGAGGAAGGUUUCGUCCGAGUUUGCGCUUGGGCUUUGCUUCAGGUGCUUCCAAGCUGUCAAAAGGCACGCGAGCUGUACAUUUCCAGCUCCAUCGGAUACACAGGUUGUCGCAGCAGCAGGAACCCUACUUGUUGACCACCCCCUCUACUUGUACGAGAAUGUAAAAAACCUGAAAACCCAUAACUGCAGAGUGAUUCUUCGUGGCUUGCACUUGGGGCAGCAGACCACCAGUCUGAAGAGUGCAAACGACAGGACGAGACCUGCUCUUGUGAAUGCAAACCCAGUGCCAAUGGGAACUGGUGAGUCCAGGUGA